AGAAACUCCUCUUGUGUGCUCUUCUCUGCUGUCAUUCACUGGGCUGCUCUCAGCAUCCAACCAAUGGAGAGUGAGGGCCUGCAGCAGUAGGCCCUGGGUAGGGUGAUUGAUGGGCAAGCGGGGCGGCGGGCGAUCGCGCUCACAAUCCACCGCGCUCCGCUCCGCGGGGCUCCCGGCUCCCCACCGCCCGCCGCGGCGAGGGGUCCCCGGGGCACCCUUGUGUGUGUGUGAGUGUCUGUGCGUGCGUCUGUGUGUCCUGAGUGAGAGGCUCCUGACGUGUCUUGGUACCUGGGGGUGCUGGGUCUCGUCGGAGCGGGACCAGUGUGCGCGGCCGGGGUGUCGCGUCUCCGCUCCUGUCGGGUGUGCUUGGCGCGGUUGUGUCUCCAGUGUCUAUGUCCUGUGCCGCUCUGGGCACGUCUGUCGCGUCCCGGGCUGCGGGGGUGUUUCACUCUUGUACCUGGGCUGCGCAUGGCUGUGCUGUUGUGUCUUCGUGCUGAGCGUGUGGCCGCCGUGUCCCGGCCUUGCGUGGCUCUGCUGGCGUUUCUUGGGGUGCUCUGCCAUCGUGCUAUGGGACUGAGCGCGUAGCCGGCGUUCCCUGGCUCUGUGCGGCCCCGUUGCCGGUUUCGGGGCGGUGCGGGGCUGUGCUGCCCUGCCCGGGGCGGAGGUCCGGCCCCGGUGCCCGAGCUGCGGCAUGGAGCACCUCGGGGCUCACCACCUGCACCAAGGGCAAGCCGAGCCCAUCAGCUUCGGCAUCGACCAGAUACUCAACACGUCGGAGCCGGGCAGCUGCAUGGUGUCGCACCCGCGGCUGCAGGACUCGGCGGACUACGGGCUGGGCUGCAUCGUGGGCAGCGCCUAUAACACCGUCACGGGUGGCUACGGGGCGAGCGGCGGCGCGGCCAGCGCCUACACCGGCACCUCCUGCAGCAUGGGCGGCCUGCCCAGCUCCUACAACGUGAACAUGGCGGUGAGCAUGAACGGCAAUACCUUGAGCUCGGCCGGCGGCGUGAUCCGCGUCCCGGCCCAUCGCCCCGUGGCCGGCGGCGUCCACCAGCCCCUCUCCGCCGCCGUGCCGGCGGUGAACAGCAUGAACAGCCUCACGGGGCUCACCUUCCCCUGGAUGGAGAGCAACAGGCGGUACACAAAAGACAGGUUCACAGUGGCCCUCUCACCCUUCACUGUAACACGCCGUAUAGGUCACCCCUACCAGAACCGCACGCCCCCCAAGAAGAAGAAGCCGCGCACCUCCUUCACCCGGCUGCAGAUUUGCGAGCUGGAGAAGCGCUUCCACCGGCAGAAAUACCUGGCCUCGGCCGAGCGCGCUGCCCUGGCCAAGGCCCUCAAGAUGACGGAUGCCCAGGUGAAGACCUGGUUCCAGAACCGGCGCACCAAGUGGAGGAGGCAGACAGCGGAGGAGCGGGAGGCUGAGCGGCAGCAAGCAAACCGCAUCCUCAUGCAGUUGCAGCAGGAAGCCUUCCAAAAAACCAUCAACCAGCCCAUCCAAGCCGACCCCAUCUGUGUCCACAACUCCUCUCUCUUCGCCCUUCAGAAUCUCCAGCCUUGGUCUGAUGACUCCACCAAGAUCACCAGUGUCACCACUGUCGCCUCUGCUUGUGAAUAAGUCUGGCACCCACUGGUGGCACCUACACCUUCUACUGGCGGGGCUGCCCCAGGGGGACAUGAGGCAUCCUUGGUGGGACAUGUAGCAACUCUGUUUCUCCCUGAGAAGCACUGGAACCCCCUGAUCCUCUGGCCACAUGCAUCCUAUGUAUCCAGCUGGGGAAGCCCUCCACAAGGAACAAAAAGAAGGAAAGUCACCCCAAAAACUCUCCCUAGCCAUGGAGUUGCUGGAGCAGCAAUGUUGUCUCACCUCCCCCCAAUCCUUUUGUUCUCCUGAAAGUCUCCAGUGUCGACCCAGAACUUGCUGACGUGCUGCCAGACAAAAGCCCAGCCCUGACAGACACAGCCGCAGGUGAUCAUCCAGCUGGGGGAGAGGAAAACUUCCUUAGGAUUCUACUGGCGGCAGUACAAAGUCUAUGUACGCCCAUAUAUA